AUGGACGGCAUGGGCGACGCAUCGACGGCAGUAAACCUUCACAACGACAUAUCGGAGAGCUUUGGCAUGAGCUCGGAUCCGUUGAGCCGUAGCCAGCAAAGGGAUAGCGCAUCCUUGCGAAACACACAAGGAUACCAAGGAUGUGAUGACCUUCCACUGCCAAGUAACAAGACGCAGCCGCAAGACGGUAAUACAUGCACACGUGCAAAGAGUGGAGCAGAUUCUGGCACUGAGGACGAUCGCGACACUACCGUCAAGACAGAUGCAUCUGAAGCCGGAAUGUCUCGCUUUGAUUGGGAAAAGAUUCACGCAAUUUCUGAUUCGACAUUCAGAGAGCUACUGCACUCGGUCAUCGAGAGCUACUGCUCCGUCGAUAUUGCUUUAGAGGAAUGCCACGUUACGCAACGCAUGGAUGGCGGAUUUCAUCAUGUUGUGUUCAUGGCAGCCAUAAAAGCCGAGCCUCCAAACCGUCGUAUCGAACGAUAUGUUUUCAGAGUCCCUGCUAUUGGAACUGCAGCCCGGUGGCAGCCAGGCGAUCAGCACAACCUGCACUGCGAAGUGGCCUUGAUGCAGUGGCUGCGAAACAAAACUUCUAUUCCGGUACCAGAAGUCGUUGACUUCGCUUUAGAUAUCGAGACCUCUUUCAUCGGCGCACCAUACAUCUUGAUGAAGCGCAUGCCAGGAAAAGCCGCGCAAAACGUCUGGUAUGACAAGCCUAGUGAUCGCAAUCAUGUCACUACCAACUGCGUUUCUCCAGAAACGGAACAGAAGCGUCGUAAUAUUCUGCGUUCACUUGCGCAGUGUAUGUCACAGCUAAGAGACGUGAGCUUCAAUGAAAUUGGUCUCGUAGAUUGCAAGGACGCACUCUCUUUGGGCGCGACGCCAACAACUACAGUCUCAUAUCGCUGGAAGCCGCCGUACGAACUCACUGCGGAGGAUCUAGAAGGACCAACCCAAGUGUACCGAUAUGGACCAUUCAAGAAGAACCUGGACUAUUGGAAGCUGAACCUAGAGGAGAACUGGCCUGCGAUCCCUGAAUACGAUCCAGAUGUUGAUCAAGAUGCACUGAACAUGGUAUCUGGAAUACGCAAGAUCAUCGACAUGCUUCACGACCACCCCACCAUCGCCGUUUCGAAGAAAGACCCCGCAGACGCCGACGAGAACGAGACGUUCGUCAUCCGUCACCCUGAUCUCGAUCUACAGAACAUCCUCGUAGACGACGAUGGCAAUGUCACAGGCAUCAUCGACUGGGACAACUGUCUCGCCGUCCCUCGCUGUAUCGGUUAUGCUUCACUACCAGACUUCCUCCGUCGUGAUUGGAACGAUGACUUUUCUCUCGCUGACUCACCCCACAUGCCCACAUGGGAGAUCCAGAAGUAUGCGGACAUAUAUGCCGAUGCCAUGGCAGAGACUGGUUGCUCCGACGCGAAAUACACGCGUAAGUCUGGGAUGUAUCGUGCUAUUGCUGGUGCAAUUACGCAGGGCAGUCUCACGGAUGUGAUUGAGAAGUUAUUUGCUCAUAUUCCAGGAUUGAGGAUGAGUAAUGUUGAGGAGCUCCAGCGACUGAUAGGUGGAGGAUGGGUUGAGGGUGAGGAGUAUAUCAGGAAGGCGCUUGGGGAGUUGUUAGAGCCUAGCAGUCGCUUUGCUUGA